AUGUGGCUAAGUCGUCCCUGGGGAGCUGCUCCGGAAGACCUUCUCCCUGCCUCCCCAGGGGCAGGGGGAGCUGGAUGUGGAGUUCCUGCUGGAAAAAACGCCCGAGAGCUGUCCUGCCUGGAUGUCUGUCUGGACCGCACCGGGAGCACAGCCACGGUCACAGAUCAGGACAAGCUGGAGCUGGAGCUGGAGCUGAAGGGGUCCUAUGAAGACACACAGACAUCUGCUCUGGGCCCAGCCUCUGCCUUCCACUUCCAUUACAUGGCAGCCCAAGAGGCCAACCUGAGCGCACGUCUGAGGAGCUCUGCAAGCAAUGGCUGGAAUUCAGACAAGUCAGCUGGGCACCUCACUGUGCCCCUGAGGUCCUUGGCCAUGGGAAAGGAGGUGACCAUUAACAUUCCUGCCACAAAUACACCAGGAGUGAGGCUGCAGCUCAAGGCUGAGGGCUGCCCUAAGGAGCUGGCUGUGCACCUGGGCUUCGAUCUAUGCGCAGAGGAGAAAGCCUUUCUGAGCAGGAGGAAGCAAGUGGUGGCUAAGGCUCUAAAGCAGGCCCUGCAGCUGGACAGAGACCUACAAGAGGAUGAGGUCCCUGUUGUGGGCAUCAUGGCCACAGGAGGAGGUGCCCGGGCCAUGACCUCUCUCUACGGCCACCUGUUGGCCCUGCAGAAGCUGGGCCUCCUGGACUGUGUGACCUACUUCAGCGGCAUCUCGGGCUCUACAUGGGCAAUGGCCCACCUCUACGGGGACCCUGAGUGGUCACAGAAGGACCUCGAAGGACCCAUCAAAUAUGCCAGAGAGCACCUGGUCAAGAGCAAGAUGGAGGCCUUCUCCCCGGAGCGCCUUGCGAGCUACCACCAAGAGCUGGAGCUGCGGGCCAAACAGGGCCACCCCACGACUUUUGUGGACCUGUGGGCUCUCGUGCUGGAGUUCAUGCUGCACGGCCAGGUGACGGAUCAGAAGCUGUCGGAACAGAGAGCAGCUCUGGAGCAGGGCCAGAACCCUCUACCCCUCUACUUGAGCCUCAAUGUCAAAGAGAACAACCUGGAGACCCUCGACUUCAAGGAGUGGGUGGAGUUUUCCCCCUAUGAGGUGGGGUUCCUGAAGUAUGGAGCCUACGUCCCUAGCGAGCUCUUCGGCUCCGAGUUCUUCAUGGGGCAGCUGAUGAGGAGGCUCCCUGAGUCCCGGAUCUGCUUUCUGGAAGGUAUCUGGAGCAACAUUUUCUCCCUCAACUUGCUGGAUGUCUGGUAUGACCUCCUCAGCUCUGAUGACACCCGGAAGCAGCACAUCAAGGACAAGAUCAGGAACGUGGAGGAGUCUCCUGCCUCCUUGAGGACCUCCUCAUGGCUGGAGGCCUCAUGGCUGCAACCCGGGACGGCCCUGGCCAAGGCGUUUAAGGGCUUGCUGACAGGCAGGCCACUCCACCAGCACAGCUGCAACUUCCUCUGGGGCCUCCAGAUGCACCAGGGCUACUACAGCCAGAAAGACUUCUCCACCUGGGCAGACUGCCAGCUAGACUCCACCGCUAGCCAGCUGACCCCUCAGGAGCCCCAGCUCUGCCUGGUAGAUGCCGGCUACUUCCUCAACACCAGCUGUCCCUCCAUGUUCCGGCCAGGCCGCAGGCUGGACCUCAUUCUCUCCUUCGACUACUCCCUACCCUCACCCUUUGAGGCGCUGCAGCAGACUGAGGUGUACUGCCGGGCCCGGGGACUGCCAUUCCCUCGAGUGGAGCCCAGCCCUCAGGACCAACGCCAGCCGACAGAGUGCCACCUCUUCUCAGACCCCUCCUGCCCCGAUGCCCCGGUCCUGCUGCACUUCCCGCUGGUCAACGCCUCCUUCAGGGACCACUCAGCCCCCGGUGUCCGGCGCAGCCCUGCAGAGCUCCCAGCUGGCCAGGUGGAUCUCACUGGGACCACCUCACCCUACUCCCUGUUCAACAUGACCUACAAGGAGGAAGACUUUGAUCGCCUGCUGCAGCUUAGUGACUAUAACAUACGGAACAGCCAGGGCGUCAUUCUGCAGGCCUUGAGGACUGCCAUGAAGCACCGGGCUCUGGGGACCAGGCCUCCAGCAGCACAGAAUUGAGGCUGCUCAGGGACCCCAGCACUCUGAUGACCCUCCGCGGGCUGGGGGCUUAACCCAAGCUCAGCUAGGUACGGCCACAGCCCUCGCUGGGCUGGGGUUCCCGGGCUGUCCAGGCCUGAGCCUCCUCUGCAGUGGGUCUCAUGGCCCCCCAAAUUCUCCCUCCCCUCCAUCACUGGCUUGAGAGGAGCUGAAAGGAAACUCCUCACCAGACCAACGUGCAGCAUAGCUGGUCCGACCAGACAAAUGUUCACAUGUGAUGACUUUCAUGCCAAGCUGAGCGGAUUUGGGGUACAAGCUGCAGGUGUCAGAGCAGGGGUGGGAACCGGCAGGGCAGGGUCCUAACUGAGAGGUGGCUCCAGGCAUCAGGAAUCACACUGUGUCCUGAGAGUCUCCUCUUUGAUCCCUCCUCCUCCUUCUCGCUCUUCUUUUAUACUAUCUCCAAGCAACCUUAGUGACAUAUAAUCCACAUACCAUAUCAUUCAUCCUUCUAGAGAGUACGACUCGAUGGCUUUUACUAUGUAUUCACAGAGUUGGGCAAACCUCCCCACAGUCAUUUUGAGAAGAUUUUCAUCACCCACAGAAGAAACCCCUCACCCCUCACCUGUCAACCUCAAGCCUCUCCCCCAGCCCCAGGCAACCACGAAUCUACUUUCUGCUUCUAUGGAUUUGCUUAUUGUGGACAUUUCCUAUACGUGGAUUCAUACAAUAUGUGGCCUUUUGUGUCUGGCUCCCUUCACUCAGCAUGAUGCGUGCAAGGGUUGUCCACGUGGGAGCGGGCAUCAGUGCUUCAUACCUUCCUAUGGCUGAAUAAAACUCCCACGCUUUACCUGACGGUCACUGGG